AGGCCCUCGGGCAGGCCCUCGCGCGCGGCGACCCCCUCGCAGACUGGCCCCCCCCCCCCCCUCCGGAGCCAUGGCGCCGCCGCGCGGGGGCCCGCACCGCGGAGGGGCGACGCCGUGGCGCAACACCGCGCUUCGGCUGGCUCGCCUGCCCGGCUGGGGGCGCCCCCUCGACCACGCCGUCCGCGCCGAGCUGAGCCGGGCGUUCAAGACCCAGAUGCCGCACCCCUUCCCGGAGGCGGUCACGAACGUGCUGGCGGAGCUGUCCAGAGAGCGAAGGCCAGACAUCUCCCUUAUCGCGAUCGAUUGGCUCAGGCAGCAGACCAAGUGCAAGGUGAACACCUACCACUUCAACGCGGUCAUCAGCGCCCACGCCAGGGUCACCGAGUGGACGCAGGCCCUGGCGCUGAUGGACGCCAUGGCGGAGGAGGAUGCCGAGUGUGACUCCACCACCUUCAACACGGCGAUGGCCGCGUGCGACCGAGGCGGCAAGUGGGAGCUCGCGCUGCGCCUGCUGCGGCGCAUGGCGGAGGCG